AAUCCCUCGCUCACGAAUCACAGGGGUGCUGUUACACAACAAAGAGCCUCUGGAUCUCAAAUUCCGACUCUACUUCUCCGAUUUCUCCUGCCGGAUCUCUCACUCCGACGUUAGGGUUCAGAUUCCAAUCACCGAUUUAAAGCUUAACUAUUUUUUCCUUCUCCAACAAUGCCUCUCAGGCUCGAUAUCAAGAGGAAGCUUGCUCAAAGAUCGGAAAGAGUAAAAUCCGUGGACCUGCAUCCAACGGAACCAUGGAUCCUCACAAGUUUGUAUUCAGGGACAGUCUGCAUAUGGGAUUACCAGUCUCAGACUAUGGCAAAGUCCUUUGAAGUUACCGAGUUACCAGUCAGAUCAGCAAAGUUCAUAGCACGCAAGCAGUGGGUUGUUGCCGGUGCAGAUGACAUGUUUAUCCGGGUAUACAAUUACAAUACAAUGGAUAAAGUCAAGGUAUAUGAGGCACAUACAGAUUAUAUUCGGUGUGUGGCUGUCCACCCCACCCUCCCAUAUGUAUUGUCAUCAUCUGAUGACAUGCUUAUAAAGCUCUGGGAUUGGGAGAAGAACUGGUAUUGUACUCAAAUUUUUGAGGGUCAUUCCCAUUAUGUGAUGCAAGUGACAAUCAAUCCAAAAGACACCAAUACUUUUGCAAGUGCGUCACUGGAUCGUACUAUAAAGAUUUGGAAUCUUGGCUCACCUGAUCCUAACUUCACACUUGAUGCCCAUCUCAAAGGAGUGAAUUGUGUGGAUUAUUUCACGGGUGGUGAUAAACCUUAUCUUAUUACUGGAUCAGAUGAUCACACUGCUAAGGUGUGGGAUUAUCAAACCAAAACUUGUGUCCAGACUUUAGAAGGUCACACACACAAUGUUUCUGCUGUAUGCUUUCAUCCUGAGCUCCCAAUAAUUAUUACAGGCUCUGAGGAUGGUACUGUACGUAUAUGGCAUUCAACCACUUAUAGACUAGAGAACACCUUGAAUUAUGGACUUGAAAGGGUCUGGUCUGUUGCAUACAUGAAAGGUUCACGUCGGGUCGUUUUUGGAUAUGAUGAAGGGACCAUAAUGGUGAAAAUUGGUCGGGAGGAGCCUGUAGCUAGUAUGGAUAACAGUGGGAAAGUUAUAUGGUCUAAGCAUAAUGAGAUUCAGACUGUUAACAUCAAGAGCGUGGGAGCUGAUUAUGAGGUUUCUGAUGGAGAGAGAUUGCCUUUGGCAGUCAAAGAGUUGGGAACAUGUGAUCUCUAUCCACAAAGCUUGAAGCACAACCCAAAUGGGAGGUUUGUCGUUGUCUGUGGUGACGGUGAAUACAUCAUAUAUACAGCUUUAGCAUGGAGAAAUAGAUCGUUUGGCUCUGCAUUGGAGUUUGUUUGGUCUACAGAUGGUGAAUAUGCUGUUAGAGAGAGCACAUCAAAGGUCAAGAUUUUUAAUAAAUCUUUUCAGGAAAAGAAGAGUAUCCGACCAACAUUUUCAGUUGAGCAUAUGUGUGGAGGAUCUUUGCUAGCAAUGUGCUCAAAUGAUUUUAUUUGUUUCUAUGAUUGGACUGAGUGCAGAUUGAUUCAACGUAUUGAUGUUACUGUCAAAAACCUCUACUGGGCCGAUAGUGGUGAUUUGGUGGCAAUUUCCAGUGAUUCAUCAUUUUACGUACUAAAAUACAACCGUGAUGUAGUGUCAGCACAUCUGGAUAGUGGUAUACCUGUAGAUGAGCAAGGUGUUGAAGAGUCCUUUGAACUUCUGUAUGAAGUAAACGAAAGAGUUAGAUCUGGAUUAUGGGUUGGGGACUGUUUUAUAUACACUAAUGCUUCAUGGAGACUCAACUAUUGUGUUGGUGGCGAGGUAACCACAAUGUUUCAUUUGGAUCGACCUAUGUAUCUUCUAGGAUAUCUGGCUAAUCAAAGCAGGGUUUAUCUCAUUGACAAAGAAUUCAAUGUCAUUGGAUACACUUUGCUUCUCACCUUAAUCGAGUAUAAGACCCUCGUGAUGCGUGGGGACAUAGAACGAGCUAAUGGUGUUUUACCCUCAAUUCCAAAGGAGCAUCUUAAUAGUGUUGCUCGUUUUCUGGAGUCGCGAGGUAUGAUUGAAGAGGCCUUGGAAGUUGCUACAGAUCCUGACUAUAGAUUUGAGUUGGCCAUCCAGCUUGGUAAACUCGACAUCGCUAAGGAUAUCGCUCUAGUAGCAGAGAACGAGUCAAAAUGGAAGCAAUUGGGUGAAUUAGCCAUGUCUGCUGGAUUGUUGGACAUGGCAGAGGAUUGUUUGAAGCAUGCAAAUGAUUUGAGUGGUUUGUUACUCCUGUAUUCUUCUCUAGGAGAUGCUGAAGAGAUAGCAAAGCUUGCAUCUCUUGCAAAAGAGAAUGGAAAGAACAAUGUUGCAUUUGCUUGUCUGUUUAUGCUCGGUAAAUUGGAAGACUGCCUACAGCUGUUGGUUGAUAGCAACCGGAUACCUGAAGCUGCUCUAAUGGCACGGUCUUAUCUUCCCAGCAAGGUUUCAGAAAUAGUUGCCAUUUGGAGAAAAGACCUUAACAAGGUUAACCAGAAAGCUGCCGACUCUUUAGCAGAUCCCGAAGAGUACCCAAAUAUGUUUGAGGACUGGCAAGUUGCACUUGAGGUUGAAGCACGGGCAGCAGAGACAAGGGGUAGUUAUCCUCCAGCAGCAGAGUAUGUGAACUAUGUUGACAGACCGCAUGUCAACCUAGUGGAGGCUUUCAGAAACAUGCAAUUGGACAUCGAGGAACCACUGGAAAAUGGAGGGUUGGAUCAUGAGGGUUUGGAACAGAAUGGGAAGGUGGGGGAAUUUGUUGACAGUCAAGAAGUGAUUCAAAAUGAAGGCCAAAAAGAUGUUGCAAUAGAUAAUGAUUCUACAGAUGGUGCAGUACUCGUUAACGGUAAUGAGGCGGACGAGGAGUGAGGAUCGAGUGUCUGAUAGGAGCAUGGUGUAAUUUUGUAGCGCUUCGGAUUUUAUGAUGCGGACAUCUGAUAUAGAUUUGAGCUUCACUUGAGUUUGGUAGUGAGUUACUACUACUUCUUCUACUACUCUGUAGGUGUUUAAUCAAUAUUCUUUUUGAGGUGAUUUUUGUUUGUGACAUUUUAUAUGGUAUGGGUGUGAGAUAUGACAUAAAUCAUAGUUUUUUCUUCAUCUAAUUGUUUGUAAUGAUGUUAUC